AACAACUAUUGAGCCAAAUACAACACAAACACACUCUUUGCCCUCUGUCAUGUUCUGUCACGGACAAGGUUGUCUUGUGUUGUGUUCGUGGUUUGUGAUUACAUAGGAUCCUAAACCUUCCCUUUAGGACGGCGAGAUCGGCCACUCUCUUUCUGUAACCACCUUUUUCUGGCUUAUUCUUCUUUGAAUUUUCCUUCUCCCUUCACUUUUAUCAACAUGCACACACAUGUACCAAAGAAAGAGUCAGAGACUUGGACAGGGUCAAGCGUUUUAGGUGGGAAUAUGGAACACAAGGGGUAGACUCAGAAACUGCAAAUACCUCCCAUUUACCACGCUUCUCAACUUGAAUUGAAUCCCCCUUUUUAUCAUCUAUCUAUAUUUCUGUUUUACUUUUCCCUGUACUCAAGAGUGAGUUGCAAUUCUUUAAUGGGUGUGGAUCAAGUUUGUGUCUUUUUCAUCCUAUAGCAUACAUACCCUUUUGGUUGGAAACAUGUUGGGGGAAGAAGGGAAGGAGAAAGCCACCGGUGUUGCAUGGAAAACCUAUUCCCGUUCGGUUUCGUGGACUGAUAGGUCUCCUAACAGCCGCAAGCCACCAACAAAUAGCAAACCAAGAUCACUUUUGCCACCUCUUCAGCCUCUCUCAAUCAACAAGCGCAGCGUGGAGGAAUGGCCUAGUGCUGGAUCUGAUGAUCUUGGAGUUUGGCCACUUCCUCAGACUCCAAGAGGCUCCAUCAGAGCUUAUGAUUCAAGUCAACCCACCAAGGAUUUUCUCUUCAAGAGGGACAAAUUGGCCUUCUUUGACAAGGAGUGUUCCAGAAUUGCUGAGCAUAUAUACUUGGGGAGUGACACAGUGGCCAAGAACCAUGAACUCCUCAUGCAGAACGGAAUCACUCACGUGCUCAACUGUGUUGGCUUUGUUUGUCCCGAGUAUUUCAAAGGUGAUUUUGUGUACAAGACCCUUUGGUUGCAGGAUAGUCCAACGGAGGACAUCACAAGUAUUCUCUAUGAUGUGUUUGAUUACUUUGAGGAUGUUCGGGAGCAAGGUGGACGUGUCCUUGUCCAUUGCUGCCAAGGGGUUUCUCGAUCUACAACUCUUGUGAUUGCUUAUCUGAUGUGGAGAGAGGGACAAAGCUUUGAAGAUGCUUUUCAGUUUGUGAAGACUGCAAGGGCUGUGACCAACCCAAACAUGGGUUUUGCUUGUCAACUUUUGCAGUGUCAGAAAAGGGUACAUGCUAUGCCUGCAAGUCCAAAUUCUAUUCUCAGGAUGUACCGGAUGGCUCCUCACUCACCCUAUGACCCUCUCCAUCUGGUCCCCAAAAUGGUAAACCAGCCAGGUGCACAAGCUCUUGAUUCUCGUGGGGCCUUCAUUAUUCAUGUUCCUUCUGCUAUUUAUGUUUGGAAGGGGAAACAUUGUAACAAGGUGAUGUCAUGCAAUGCAAGGAGUGCAGCCUUUCAGGUGAUCCGUUAUGAGAGGGCAAAGGGUCUGAUUCUGAGCAUCCAAGAAGGUGAAGAACCACCAGGGUUUUGGAUUGCUCUUUCUGAUUCUGAGAAAGGAGGGGUCAUUGAGGAACCAGUUUUGUUGCCCUCUGAAGGCAUGGAGAGUGCUGAGCCAGUUGGUUCAAGAAAAGUUGAUGCAUAUGAUUUGGAUUUUGAGAUUUUUCACAAGGCACUUGCUGGUGGGGUUGUUCCACCUUUUUCCUUGUCUGAUACAGUAUCAGAAACUUGCCUUCCUGCUAGAGAACACGGUUGGGCAAAACUGAGGCGAAAGUUUGCUAGUGGAUUGCUCACAUCCCCUAAAUGGAACUGUGAUGAUGCUAAUUCAGCCCCAUGCAAUGAUCAAUCCAGUGCAACUGUUGAAGCUGAAAAACAACAUUCUGCAGAUGAGCCCUUGUCACCAUCAUCAAUUCAUCCCUGUGGUUCGCCGGAUUCCUUUGAAUGCUAUCCAGAUGAAGCCAUGAAUUUCUCCAUUCCUGCUGUUGCUUCACCACUGCCAUCGAAUCCUUUUCCAUGUUUUAUAAGCUGCAGUCCAAAAUUCAAUUCCAAGUCACCAACACUUUCACCUUCAAGUUCUGAUUAUGCCAGUUCAUUUACUUUUUCACCUUCCUCUACCAACUGGUCCGACUUGUCUUUCGUGUCUUCUCGGCAGCCAUCACCAUCUGGCCUUGAAUCAACUGAACCCUUUUAUGCUAAAGAUGCAUCUUUCUCAGAAAGUUCCUCUUUACUUCACAAAGAAGUUGUGUCUUCACCCUCGGAGACUUUGUCGGCUAAUCACACAUUCGGAGGGACAAACUCCAACUUGCAACUGAAAGGUUCUUUCCUCUCCAUUGCUGAGCGAAGAGGGAGUAAUCCACCACCUCUGAAGUUGCCAUCCUCAGCCAGUGAAUCCUCUCACAUCCCCAACAACCUGGUAAGAUCACUGUCUUUCUCUUUGCCUGACUUAGAUCAUAAUGUGGUGAAGAAUGAUAGUUGCAAACAAUAUGAUGGUGAAAACAAAGAAAAAUGGCUGAUAUCAGAUCACUGUAUCAUUAGUUCAGGUGAUGAACCGCAGAGUGAGAUUAAUGACACACAGGAUCUUGAUACAGAGUUAGGGAAUAUUAUGGCUGAGCUUGAAGUAGAGGAGAAAGCUAAUGCAAUGAGUGGAACCUGAAUUGUGUAAAUUUUUGUUAUAAAUACUUGCACUUUGCCUCAGACUGUUGUGUUGAAGUACAUAACAAUAAUUAAACUUGGUUAAUACUAGAUAGUAGAUAGGACUCUCAUUUACUUUUACGUCUUCAGCUAUUUUUCCCCUUCUUACUUAUUUGGAGCACCAGCAUCUUUCUAUCUAUUAAUAAUAUAAAAGGAAAGAAAUUAUGCAACUUCUUCUUUUCUUUCAAA